AUGGUGUCAUUGCAUAAUAAACGCAUGUUGUUGUCUUUAGCAAAACCUGUUGCCCUAUCUACUGCAGAACAGAUGAAGGGAUUGGCAUGCUCAAAUCCUGAUGAUGAACAACUACAAUCAAAUAUCUUGCUAUGUAUUGGCCAAGAGGUUAUGUUGUCUACAAAUCUAUGGGUGGAAACGGGACUAGUCAAUGGUGCUCUUGGACAAGUCAGAGAAAUUGUAUACAAUGAUGGUGAACACCCGCCUCAACUACCCUUAUUUGUUGUUGUUCAAUUCCAAAAUUACACAGGCCCACCUUGGGAUCACAAUAACCCAACAAAUAUACCUAUACCACCAAUAAGUCGAGGUCUUCAACGCCAAAUGCCACUAAAAAUGGCUUGGGCAUUAACAAUACACAAAUCACAAGGACUCACACUUCAAAGAGCAACAAUUGACAUUGGCAACAUUGACCGGCAGGGUAUGACAUUCACAGCUAUUUCGAGAGUUCGUGAUUUGACAAGCCUUCGCAUUCACCCAGCAUUCACAUUUGAAAGGUAUGCACGAAUGCAACAAAGUCCACAUGUCACUCGACGCAAAGAAGAGGAGGCACGGUUGAAGAUAUUAUCAGAUUCACAAUCUACUGUAAGAUCCAUUUGA